AUGUCUGACACCAUCCGCGAGUACCUCUCGCUUCCUUCAUCCGCACGAGUCGAUUCUCCCACACAGACACAUCGCUGGCUCGAUGCUCUCUUCACUGGCGGUCUUCCAGUGCUAGGUUCCGUCAGCAACUCAAGUCGGUCCAAACUGGCCACGGCUGUCCUCAACGACAUUGCAGCCGCAUCAGGUACACGCCAGGGCGAUUAUCUCCUCAACGCAAGGAUCAAUGUUCGCUGGGACUCGCACAUUAGGCUUUCUGCCUUGAGGUUGCUAAAGGAGCUCAGCCGUUUACCCGGCGGAAGUGCACCGCUCGCCAAACCAGAAGCACUCCGCAUUCUCUUGCAGCAGGUCGACUUCCCAAAGCAGCGCGUUCCGAAAACUUCUCAACAAGGUGCAUUUGCCUCGUCCACCUCGUCUUCUUCCAUCCCGUCAGCUCCCAAUCCCGCUUACACACUCGGGUCGAUAGCAAAGUCCCUGCGCCGUGCCGUCAGCCGUCGUGGCUCUCACCAAUCCGACCGUUGCCAUUCCAAGGACAAAGACGCUCCGUCUUCAGACAGCGGCGGCGAGGAUUAUGACACCAGUGCCGAUCCCGACUGGCCCAUCACCGACAUGGCCUUGCGCUGUCUCAACAAUGUCCUUUUUCUCAACGAACAUGCUCGACUCCCCUUCUCCAGCCAGGAUGUCGGAGGUGGCCACGUCGCUGUAGCGCUUCUCUCGAGACCUCAAGACACGCCCGUAGACAUUCUCUUCCUUGGUGCGCGUCUCUUGUUCUUCAGCACGCUCUUCGAGUCACCAUUCAACAAGACUGCCGUCACCUCUCUCAAUGUCAUCGGUAUCGAGGCUGCAUGCGUUGAAGCCCUCGUCAAAGCCAUGCUCGAAAAGGCUGCCAAUCCAAAUGCUGCUUCCUCUGUUCUCGUAGCCAGUGGUACCGAAGCCCAGCUCAACAUGGCGCUUUCCGAUUUGCUCAAAGCACAUUUCAACGUUUGUCUCUACUAUCCUCGCAUUAUCCAAGCAGAAGCAAACCAGCAGCAGCCAGAAACGGAUCCAUCAACGUCAACGCCGCAAGCCGAACUACAAGGUCCAAUCCUCGGUGAAGGCUUUCAUAUCGAGCUCCUCGGCAUGCUCCGACCACUCGUCUCUGUCAUCACCGCACUUCCACUGCCUCCUUCGGUGCCAUUGAUGCCACCCUUCACACAUGCCAUCGCUGAUCUGCUUAAUUACCCUGUUGCCAACCUCAAAGACGAGAUCUCCACCGACAGUACGCCCUCUGCUGUCAUUUCGACUGCACUCACCGCUCCGAUAUCUGUCUCGUCUACCCAGGCCCUCCAGUCUGCACCACUCUACCUCAGCCGGCUCGUCAUGUUUGCCGACCGUUCGCUGGCCCGCUACUUUGCCACACCUGUCACAGGCGACGACGGUAGGCGCAUUCCCGAAGACGUCGAUGCCAAAGCCGUCAAGCAAAAAGCAGCAUCUGAUGGCAUCGAUCUCGAAGACACCCUAGAACCACUUCUUCUUCUUCUCCGAAAAACGGCUGCGGAGGACGACUCGCUUCGAUCAACGCUCGUCUCGAUUCUCUUGCCAUCUGAUCUCGAUCGCAGUCUUGCUCUCGAUCGUCGACUUGACGUGCUCGGGAGAUUGGUGAGGCUCAUGUCGUCCGUCACGCUUUCGCGGCCUGCACGAGCAUCGGGCGAGUUGCUGCUCUCUCUCUGCAACGGAGAUGCAAGGCAGAUGACAGAAGCAAUUGGAUAUGGCCCAUGUGCAGGCUUCCUCAUGAACACCGGUCUCGCUUCGGCCUUGCCCUCUGGAGUCUCGGCCACUGCUGACUCCAACGGAAGGUCUAUCGAUCCGAUCACGGGCGAAUACGAGCCCACCGAAGAAGAAAAGGCCAUGGACGAGAUCAGCCGUAUGACCGAAGAGGAAAAGGAGGCAGAAGCCGAACGGCUUUUCGUGCUCUUUGAUCGCAUGAACAAGACAGGUGUCAUGCAGGUACGACAUCCUAUGGCCGCAGCACAAGAGUCUGGGCGAUUCCAAGAGCUCGAUGCGAAAGCAGAGCACGAGGAACGUGAGAGGCUCGAGAAGGAGGAUGAGGAAGCGGAGAGAGAGGUACAGCGCGAGAUGGCAGCGCACAAGAAGAGGAAGGAGGACGCUAAAUUGCGCGCACAAAAGCUCGUCUCUUCGCAGUCACAGCAGCAGUCUCAGAAGAUGCAAGCUGAAACAGUAGCUGCAAACGGCAUGGAAGAUGCCCAAGUGGUUAAGCUGACCGGUCAGCACAAGUUGGCUGCUUCGUAA